UGCCUGGAUCGACGAAAGAGGUGGCCGGAAGAUACAGGAGGACGGAGGAUCCCGGCGGGGGAAGGAUGGAAACGCCGCCUGAGAGGAGGAGGGGAGCGGGCAGCCCCGAGCGAUGGAAAGGCCGGGAUGUGCCGGGGGAGGCCGGGGGGCUCCGGGGAUGCAGGAGAGAUGAGCCCACCGGGACCCCGGGAAAGGGCGCUGCCUGGAGGGCGAUGCAAGGAGGAGGAAACGUGCGGAGACCCCGAGACGGUCCUGGAGGACGGAGGAAGAUCCCAGAAUCCCCAAAGCAUCCAGGAGGGAGGAAAGAAAUACAGAUGUGAAAAAUCCUUCAAAAACAAUGGGCAUCUUCAGAGCCAUCUAAGGAUCCACUCAUUAGGAAAUCCAUUUAAAUGCCUCAAGUGCGGAAAGAGUUUCAGUGAAUUGGGAACCCUUUAUAGACAUGAAAAGAUCCACUUGGUAGAGAAAACAAAUAAAUGCCGGGUAUGUGAAAAAUCCUUCAAAACAAAUGGAAAUCUUCAAAGGCAUCUAAGAAUCCACUCAGUUGGAAACCCAAUUAAAUGCUUUCAGUGUGGAAAGAACUUCAGUCGGACAAGAGAUCUUACACAACACCAAAGAAUCCACACAGGAGAGAAACCUUACAAGUGCCUGGAGUGUGAAAAGAGCUUCUGUCACAGCAGCAGCCUUUAUAAACAUAAAAGACUCCAUUUACAAAUCCCUUACCAAUGCAGGGAAUGUGAAAAAUACUUCAGAACAAUUCAAAUCCUUGAAAAACAUCAAAGAAUCCACUCGGAAAAGAAACUGAAUAAAUGCCUGGAGGGCGGAGGGUCUGGGAGAUCCGAGAGUCCCCAAAGGAUCAAAGAGGGAGAAAGGAAAUAUCAAUGCCCAGAAUGUGAAAAAUCCUUCCAAAGAGUGUGGAAAGACCUUCAGUCUUUUGGGAAACCUUCACAAACAUCAAAGGAUCUACUCAGGAGCAAACCCCUAUAAAUGCCCUGAGUGUGAAAAGAGCUUCAAAAGGAGAAGUUCUCUGUAUAGACAUCAAAUGCUUCACAUAAGAGAAAAACCAUAUCAGGG